UCUUCACUAAGAUUUGUUUUAUUCUCUCAGACGAUAAACAGAUUCAAUGUGAAAAGGACGUACAACAGAUAAUAAUUUUUAUAUUAAUCUUGAAGGUUAUUCAAUGUUGAAAUGCAAUUCUGGUCGACCGCAGUGAAACCCUUCCUUCCUAGCAAAAUUUUCUCGGAGAGCAAUUUCUGUGUUCUACAAUGCAUACAAUGUUUAUGUUCAUUCAAUCGUGGAGGAAUCGGUCAGAUGAAAAGAGAAAGCCAAGCUCUUCAAUUGACCUUCAGAUCAUCGGAACACACAUUCAAUCGAUUCAAAUCAAAGAUCAUCAGCGAUCAUUCGUCGACUGUCCGAUGCAAUAAGACAACCGCUGCUGUGUUAGGUUCAAGUGACCGAAGAUCGACUAUGCCUGAUUGUCAAGAUUUAGCGAUGGAUCAGCUGGGACAGAAGCCAACAGGGGAAACGCACUGCCCUUCCUCAACAAGCGGAUUGGAUAGACUGAAGAAUCCUGCUCUAAAUAAAGGUCUUGCAUUUUCACGCGAAGAUCGACAGCGGUUAGGAAUCCAUGGCCUACUACCGCCAAGGGUCAAAUCUUUCGACCAACAGGUGGACCACUGCAAAGUUUUGCUGGACCGUGUUGAGAAGGACAUCGACAAGUACAUCUACCUCAUGGGGCUUUUGGAGCGCCACGAGAAGUUGUUCUUCAAACUGAUGGGAAAAUACACCACUGAACUUCUACCGCUGGUGUACACCCCAACCGUCGGUACUGCCUGUCAGAUGUUCAGCACCCUGUAUACGCAUAACAGGGGCAUGUACAUAACAAUUUACGACAAAGGACACGUGUACGAGGUUCUCAAAAAUUGGCCGGAGAGAGACGUGAGAGCCAUCGUCGUGACCGACGGAGAGAGGAUAUUGGGCAUCGGCGACCAGGGCAUGGACGGCAUGGGCAUCCCCAUCGGCAAACUGUGCCUCUACACCGCCCUGGGCGGCAUCAAACCCCACUACUGCCUCCCCAUCACCCUGGACGUAGGCACCAACUCCCAGGCCAAGCUCGAGAACGAGCUUUAUCUCGGCCUCAGGCAGAAACGCGUCACCGGACCCGAGUACGACGACUUCCUGGACGAGUUCAUGCAGGCCGUGGUGCGAAGGUUCGGCAGGAACUGCCUGAUCCAGUUCGAGGACUUCGGCAACAGCAACGCCUUUAGGCUGCUGGAGAAGUACAAGGAUAGUUAUUGCACCUUCAACGACGACAUACAGGGUACUGCUGGAGUGGCGGUGGCAGGGGUGCUGGCCUCCCUCAGGAUCACCAAGAAGAAGCUGGUGGAUAACGUUAUCGUGUUUCAAGGAGCUGGAGAGGCCAAUCUGGGCAUAGCGGAGCUGUGCGUCAUGGCCAUGAAGGAGGAAGGUAUCAGCGAGCAGGAAGCCAGACGCAAGAUUUGGAUGGUGGACUCCAAGGGGCUCAUCGUAAAAGACAGACCGGAGGGCGGUAUCAACCACCACAAGGCCGUCUACGCCCAUCCCCACCCCCCUGUGAAGACCUUGGAAGAGGUGGUGAAGACCAUCAAGCCGACCAUCCUUAUUGGCGCCGCCGCGAUCCCAGGUGCUUUCACGCCAGAAAUCUUGAAGGAGAUGGCUAAGAACAACGAUAAACCGGUGAUUUUCGCCCUCAGUAACCCAACGCAUAAGGCGGAAUGUACUGCCGAAGACGCUUAUAAGUACACGGAAGGACGAUGCAUUUUCGCUAGUGGUAGUCCUUUUCCUCCGGUGAAUUAUGAGGGCAAGACGUUUUAUCCAGGACAAGGCAAUAAUUCUUACAUUUUCCCUGGAGUAGCACUUGCUGUUCUGUGCUCUGGUAUGUUAACCAUCGACAAUCAGACCUUCCUCAUUGCUGCAAGGACACUGGCCCACAUUGUUAAGGAGGAGGAGUUGGAAUUGGGCUCUCUUUACCCACCAUUAGCUACAAUUGUAGACGUUUCCCUCAAGAUCGCCGUGGCCGUAGUAGAUUACGCGUAUAAACGUGGAUUGGCUAGCGUGCGUCCCGAGCCUAAAGAUAAGGAAUGCUUCAUCAGGGAGCAGAUGUACAAGCCAGAAUACGAGCAGACGUUCCCAUCAGUAUACUCAUACCCCAAAUUGUAAAUUAUUCGUUUUAUCUGUUAAAAAUUUUAAUGUAUUUAUUUAUUAUGGGUUAGGCGUGUAAGUUCUUCUAUUUUGUUAUUAGAUAAGUUCGAUAAAUAUUUAUGGUUGACA